AUGAUAGACGAAGAAAUCCAAUUAGAAGUAAAAGUAAUAGAUGCAUUUAAGAGUUAUGGAGAUCAUCGUGUAUUUAAUGGUUUGAAUAUGAAUGUGUCUUCAGGUUCUAUCUAUAGCCUUUUGGGACCAAGUGGUUGUGGUAAAUCGACACUUCUCCAAUGUUUAAUGGGAUUAAAAGAAUUGAAUUCAGGAAGCAUUGAGUUAAAGGUUGAAGAUUUAAAGUCCGUUGGAUAUAUGCCUCAAGAUCUAUGUUUGGAAAGCACUCUGACAAUAAAAGAAACAUUUGAAUAUUAUGGAACACUUUAUGCCAUGAAAAAAAAUAAAAUUAAGAGAAAAAUUGAUGAGAUUAAUGCAUUCUUACAGUUACCGAAUUUAAAUAGUUUAGUUAAAGAUAUAAGCGGUGGCCAAAGUAGAAGAGUAUCUCUUGGUGUUUGCUUAUUCCAUAAUCCUAAGCUUGUUAUACUGGAUGAACCUACAGUUGGAAUUGAUCCUUUAAUGAAACAAGAAAUUUGGAAUGAGCUUACAAAAAUGGUUGAACAACAACAGAAAACCAUCAUAAUAACUACUCAUUAUAUCGAAGAAGCCAAUUCAGCCAAUCGUAUUGGUUUGAUGAGAAAUGGAGUGCUGGUAGAUGAAGGUUCACCUCAAGAAAUUAUGUUUAAAUAUACAGCUGAAUCGUUGGAAUCGGCCUUUUUAAUAUUAUGCUCUGAUCAAGAUUCAAAUGAAGUACCAAAAAUUCUUCCAAAAGCUGUUACAAAAUUGCAUAGCAUUCAAUCAAAAAAUUUAAUUAAACAUAGUAAAACAAUAGAUUUCAUGAGAAUUAAAGCUUUGCUGAAAAAGAAUAUAAAUGUAUUAUAUCGUGAUUACUGGUUAUUGUUCACCUUGAUUAUUCUUCCCAUUUUCCAAUCAUUCGUUUUUUGUUCGAGCAUCGGAGUAAAUUUUAAAGGAAUGGAAAUAGCAAUACAAAAUGAUGAAAUUAGCUUAAAUGAUUGCAAACACAUUUCUUAUUUCAAUGGAUGUAUUUUUAUUAAUGAUACAACUCAGUUAAUGAGUUGUGCUGUUAUACAAUAUCUUACAUCACUAGAUUAUAUAUUUGUUGAAAUAAAAGAUCGUCAUGCUGGAGAAAUGUAUCUGAACAAUGAAAAUUGUUUUGCAUUUAUACAUUUUCCUGAGAACUUUACACAAGGUUUGAUCAGAUAUUUUGACACUCCUGAUGAAUAUGAUAUACAAUCGAUGUCUUCAAUGGAUUUUGUCAAACAUAAUGUAUUGUUUAAAAAUCAAAUAAUUUUGGAUGUAAGAAAUGCAAUAACUUCUCUAUUACAGUAUAUUUUAAAAAGUUGUUCCAAUAAUCCAAGAAUAGCUGGUUUACCUAUGGAAUUCAAUUCAUUAUAUGGAAAAGAAGUAAAAGUUCUUAAUCACAGUACAUCAUCAGUUUUUCUAAUAAUGUGUACAUUUUAUUUUAGUAGUAUUUAUUCAGUGAGCAUUAUGCUUUCAGAAAAAAUGGAUGGAAUCCUUAGUCGAUCGAUGUUUGCAGGAGUUACAGUAUUAGAAUUGCUCAUUUCAAUGUUUUGUAUUUCCAACCUUUUAAUUUUGGGUCAUUCGGCUACCAUUUUUAUUAUCACAUACGUAUUUUAUUCGAACCCCAUUUACUUAUCUAGUGGUUUAUUCGUGUAUGCCAUGUUGAUAACAAUUAUGUCAUGGAUAGGAUUUCUAUUUGGUUUACUUGCCGCUGGAAUAACACCAACUAAAGCUAGUGGUGUUAGCCUAAUGAAUGGAUGUGCUCUAUCUCAAAUGCUAUUAUCAGGCAUAUUAUGGCCAGUUGAAGGACAAUCACACUUCUUAAGACCAGUAUCUGAGUUACUGCCUAUGCGAUUAGCCGGAAAUGCAAUGAACGACAUAUCAUUGAAAGGUUGGACGUUUGAUCAUCCAUCAAUCAUAAAGGGCACCUCAGCGACAUUUGCACAUGUGAUAUUAUUAAUAUUACUUUUAAUUGGUCUAAGUAAAGUUAAAAAAGACAUGUGGGUUAUACAUAAAUAAAAUCUUUAGACUUCAAUAAAUAUUUUUGUUAUAUUCAUCCUUGAGAUAUUUAUUAUU